AUGGCCAAGUUGGAUCAUCCGAACGUGAUCAAAGUAUACGAGUAUUUCGAGGACGGCACUAGCAUUUCUCAGAUUAUGGAGCCUUGCAAUGGAGGAGAGCUGCAGCACAGAAUCGACGACAUGUUCAAGAAGGGAACUCAACAGUAUGACGAGGGCUUCAUCUGCGACGUGAUGAAGCAGACGUUGCGUGCUCUAGCGUUCAUGCAUAGCGCGAAGUAUAUGCACAAGGACCUGAAGCCUCAGAACAUUAUGAUGGUCGACCGGAUAUCCCCGUCGAUCAAGCUUAUUGAUUUUGGCCUGGCGGAGCUCUUUGAGAAGGAGUCGUCAGUGUCAUCGGUAUUCGGCGGGACGCUCCUGUACAUCGCGCCAGAGGCGUUCGGCCGCGGGCUCGAGAUGAAGAGUGACGUUUGGAGCGCUGGUGUCAUUUUGUAUAAUUUGAUCACUGGUGACUACCCCUUCAUGGAGCAGUGGCCCCUUCCGCCAGACAAGGACAUAACCUGGUGGCAGAGUGGCACCCGCAAGGCUAUCGAGACCCAGAGUCACCGCGACCAUAGGAACUUGUCCAACGGAUUCGUGUCCAAAGACUGCGUGAACUUGAUGGAACUGACUAUGGUAAAAGAUCCGCGCGGUCGCCCAGACGCGGCACAGUGCCUAGGGCACGAGUGGUUCAAGAAGUUCGACAAGAAGCCUCCGCCUUUGUCGGUGGGCGUGUCGCAGUGCUUGGACGCGUUCGCGGGGCAGCCCGAGCUGAAGAAGGCCGUCUUCUUGCUGAUUGCCCACCAGAGCUCGGUGCCGGCUCUGCAGGAGCUCCGUGCCAUUUUCACCCACUUCGACACCUCGAACCGAGGCACGAUCAGCGCAGCCUCGAUACAGGAGGUGCUUAGCACGGCUGGCAUGUCUCACCUGCGCGCUGCGCGGAUACUCCAUGCGUUGGAUCGUGACCAGAGUGGCGCUGUCUCCUGGACGGAGUUCAUCGCCGCAGCUCUGUGCGUCAGCGUGUGUAACAGACAGCCCCUCGUGGCGGCUGCUUUCGCAGCGAUUGACCAGAACAACGACGGGAAGGCUGGCAUUGAGGAUGUUAAAGACGUGUUCGCGAAGGGGUACGAGUCCUUGUGGUCCGAGCUCCUUCCGGAGGAGUGUAAAAAGAUCGCUGCAGAUUUUGCCAGAAGCGAAUGUUUCACCAGAGAUCAGUUCCAGGAGUACAUGAAGGAACACAUGAGGGUGAUCGCAGGCGAUGCGGUCGCCGCAGUGGCUAUGUAA